AUUCAAAUUUUUUGCGUUUGAACUUCUGCCCCUGAGCACAGUGGUCCACUUUCCCUAACACAAAACUCAUGAGCUGAAAAGUGAGAAUUCCAAGAGGAAGAUGGAUGAUUGGGAUCUAAGCGCAGAGGAAUUGGAUUCCCUGGAAAGAGAUGCUCUGAAGCAAUUGGCUCAGCGCAGUUCCUCUUCAGCUGCUGCCACUACCAGUAACAGUAAUUUCAGUAGGUCGAAUGUGUCUUCUAUGCCAGGGGUUGUGCCAUCUUCCCGUUCUCCAGCCAAGCCCACCUGUCUCUCUCAUCCGCCUGUGGAUGGUGAUAAGGCAACAGUAUUACCUUCAAAACUCGUGCCAAAGAUAGUUGAUGAUUCUUCGAAGCAACAGCAUCCGAAGAUCACAGUCAAAUUCUUUUUACAUGCCAGUGGAAACAUUGCAGCAAAAUUUCCUUAUGACAAGGUACUCAUAGGAGCCUUCCACAAUAUUCCAAGAGCCAGUUGGAAUGCAAAAGAAAGAUUGUGGAUGUUUCCUUUGUCAUCAUUAUCAACAGCAGAAUGUGUUCUUCGGGAUUUCCCUGGCUCUAAUGUUGAGAUAGAGAACUUGGAUCCUUUGGUUAGGCGUGCUAUUGCUGCUGCCACUGUGCUUCCAGAUCUUCAAGACCGAUAUGAAAAGAUCCCCGGUUAUAUUGAAGCAAAGCUCUUGCCUUUUCAGCGUGAUGGUGUCAGAUUUGUAUUGCAGCAUGGAGGGCGGGUCCUGCUGGCUGAUGAAAUGGGGCUCGGAAAGACUCUUCAGGCGAUUGCGGUAACCUCUUGCAUUCGUGAGGCAUGGCCUGUUCUCAUUCUGACCCCAUCUUCCCUACGGCUGCAAUGGGCUUCUAUGAUCCAACAGUGGCUGGAUAUUGCACCGUCACAUAUAUUGGUAUAUUUCUGA